GCUAGACUCAACUCAGUUUAAUCCAGAUCGCCAGGAACGCCUUACCUCAUGCGUAGAAAAGGACCAUAAUUGAUGAUGCGCUGGAGUAGUCCUGAUCUUGCUGAUGUAUUAAACGCGUUCACUAUUGUUCUAGGACUCCAGGUUCACAUGAAGAUGUCGAUGUCCUAGUACGUAGAAGUGCCAAUUUUUGCGUUCCCUUGCAGUUGCAUGCUUACCAAGCACGGUCACGGUGGGUCACACCGUUGAUGCGUUGCUGAAAUUUGCAACUCAACAAUUUACAAGGAUAAGGAAGCAACGGCUGCGCCUUUGCCUACGGCAACACGACACUUACUACAGGUAACCCACCUUCCACAGUAAGCAACAGCAAGCAGACGAGCAGAGAAAAUGGCAGUGAUUCUCGGAACGGCUUUCAGGAGUUCGAUCUGGUGUGAAGGGCGCUCCACCACUCCGAAGACGAGGCAGAAUAGAGUCUGUGCAUUAUGAGCAAUGUUCUUGCGUGAUUUCAUUCAACAUAUUAGCUGAUGUGGGAUGAUUGAGAAUUCAUCGAAUCACACGCGCAGGCGCACCCAUACGGAUGAUCAUGAUGGAAACCUCUAACACUCCUCGCCCUCAGCUCAAGCUGAACGACUUUGCUUACAACUGAGUACACUUUAACUUCAUUCAGAUUCAGGCUUCUUUUCCUUUUUCUAAUCCUAGCCGUACUCCUCCUUCUCGGAACAUCAUCAACAUGGUUCGCAGAAGCAAUGGUCAUGUCUCGGACACAGUUUCCGGACAGGGCUCUGAAAACGGUAACGGAAAGUCGAGUGAAGAGGAAGAUGUGUGGAAAACACGCAUGUUGGGUUAACAAAGACCAGUUCAAGCUAGAGCACGAGUCGAGGGAACAAGAGGUGAAAAACUGGCUAGCAAGAGGAUUGGAGGGCUGGUUCCUCAAUCGUUAAGGGCAUCGCGAUAAUCAUGAUGCGCUCUUCCAUAUUUCUUACAAGACGAGUAGUAUUCAAGGCUAGACCUUUUUGUUUUUCCUUGCCCUCACUCUUAGUCUCUUGAUAAUAGAAAUAGAUCAUUCUCUGAGGACCUCAAGAAUGAACACAUAAGCGCGCUGUACUUCUAAAAUAGAACGUGGAACGAAGACGACGCCUUCCGAAUGUGUCAAGAUUCGUAUGAAGAGUACCAAGACGUGGUAGCACUAGACGAAGACCUGUACCGCGAAAAGUACGCUACGCUGGAGUCCCUCACACGGAAAGCAUCGCAGAAGGAGAUUCUUCGUUAUGAAGGUAGUCAUGAUAGUCCUCUCACUAGACAUAAUAUUGCUUGAAAUUCUAAGAUCUACAUGCUCAUGAUGGAAAUAGGACUACCUCUACUUGGUCAAUGACGAAGAUUGCUGGUUUAGUACACGGCCAACAUGAAGAAAGCUGUAGCUAUAGUUUUUGAUUUGAGAACCCCGUAAAAGCAGGGCAAAGGUAAGAGGUUCCUACACCAGAUCCAUUUUCUAGAAGAUCUAGGUCUAGAAGAUCUAGGUGCUUACUACGACUGAAAAUGUACUAACAAACUACUUAGAAAUUUAGGAGGUACUUACUACUAACAGGCUAAGUUCUAAUUUGUGGAGCAUGGCGUGAAUCAGAUGCGCUUUGAGAGGCCUCCGCAAUCAGACGGGUUCGAUGCUACGGUCUUCAAAGCACGCGCAGAAUACUACAAUCAAGACAAAGGCAACGGAACUUCUGCUCUCGACCAGCAGCAAAGCAGCGAUACUUUCUUCUCAGCCCAGAACGAGACAACGCAGUUCAUCGCUCUAUUGGAGAACAUCACUCAUCCCGACACCCUUCGAAACUAUCUUAAGGCUGAUCAUGAUGAUUCCAAUUCAUCCUCACUGACUGAUGUUCAUCGUUCUUAACACUACAUGAUUAAGUAGAUAGAUGACCCAGCACCAUCUUUCAACAGCAUCUUUGAAAGAAACUACACGAUUAAGAAUAGAUGAGAGAGCAUGUUGUACAAAAGGAUCCUAGGAUGUCUAGAAGUUCUUCAUGACACCCUUCGAAACUAUCUUAAGGCUGAUCAUGAUGAUUCCAAUUCAUCCUCACUGACUGAUGUUCAUCGUUCUUAACAGUUCAUUCUUAACAUAAUGAUCAUGAUGUUCAUCUUCAUUCUUAACAUAGUAACAGUAGAAUUUGAAUUCAUUCAGACUGAUCCUUCAUCCUCUCUGAUCCUAGUAGCAUGAUUCAUCCAGAGUCUCUUGCUGUUUUCCACUCCUGGAUUAUACCUUUGAAAAGGAGGGAUCUUAAAGAAAGAUAUACUUAUUCUUAUUGUAUGUAUGACUGUAAUAUUGUGAGACUCGUGCCAACAUGAACAUGCCAUACAAGUUAUUUAGUUGUUGGUAAUGUAACAAAAAGUUAGGUUAUACUGAAAAUGAAAAUAAAAUCAUAUCUUUCUUCACAAUUGUCGUGAAUAGCACUAAGGAUUCUGCAGGCCUGAUCCUGAAGCCUUCGGAUGGGACAAAUAGCAUAGGUGUCCUCUGGGUCCAGAUGUUGUCGGACAAGGAAGCAGUAGACGCAUACUGGCAGCACCCUGCAAGGGAAGGAAUGCCCCAGAGGGAAGGGAAAGAGUUAGGGGAUGAGACUAGGAGAGCAGAGAGGGAAAGGGUUAGGGGAUGAGACUGGGAGGGGAUUGGUUUUAGAGGGGGCCCCUUGACGUAAUCUUCUUCUGAUAGGUGAUCUUGUUUUCUAUCCAAUAUUUCUAUUUUUAUCAAGAACCAGAAGUAGCGCAAUCAUGUGGUGCAAAACUACAUAGACGCACAUUCUACUUUGUUCAUCGUUUUUAAACUACCAAAUACGCCAAGAGUGGGCACAUUGAUUCAUUCACACUCAAAUUUUGAGGACGACAACUUUUGAAUCCUAGUAUGCGUAUUCCCACCACUUCUUUCAAGGAAGGAAGUGGUGGGAAUACGCAUACUAGCCCCUUUCACGACAAAUCUUAUACCUCUUCCCUAGUACACCUAUUGUUCCCACCACUUCAACUUCUUUCAUUCUCCGGUGAGCCCGCCUUUAGAACGUUUGCUUUUUACGGAAAUUUGGACCAUUUCUGGCCAACCUGGGAAGACAUGGUGGAGCAUGUUGUCGGCUCGCAUCUCCCGCACUACCACGAAUACAUGCAGCGAACUGUCUGGGAAAAUCCUUAUGAUCAUUUGAAGAGUAAUUCUUGUAAUGUUUUUGAGUAGGCUAAUGUUCUUGAGUAGGCUACUUCCGGUAAUGAUUUGGAGAGUAAACAUUGCAAUGUUCUUGAGUGCUGAGGAAAGGGGUACGGAUAGGAGGUAAGAUGAUGUUCCAACAUUAAGAAGCCUGUCCAUCGAUCUAUUCGUCCAUCUAAGAUAAGUUUGCUUAUCUAUCGAUCUAUUCGUCCAUCUAAGAUAAGUUUGCUUAUCUAUCGAUCUAUUCGUCCAUCUAAGAUAAGUUUGCUUAUCUAUCGAUCUAUUCGUCCAUCUAAGAUAAGCUUGCUUAUCCAUCUUCGAUCUAUUCGUCCAUCUAAGAUAAGUUUGCUUAUCCACCGAUCUACUCGUCCAUCUAAGAUAAGUUUUCUUAUCCACCUUCGAUCUAUUCGUCCAUCUAAGAUAAGUUUGCUUAUCCACCGAUCUACUCGUCCAUCUAAGAUAAGUUUGCUGUCCAUCUAUAAGAUAAGUUUGCUUAUCCAUCGAUCUAUUCGUCCAUCUAAGAUAAGUUUGCUGUCCAUCUAAGAUUGAUAAGUUUGCUUAUCCAUCGAUCUAUUCGGUGAUCUCUAAAGUUCUCUCCGAAAAGGCAGAUGGUUUGUCGAGAAGAAAGUGCCAGUGUCGAACCAUCCUCCAGUCUCUUGGACGCAUAGGGCUUUGCUUACUGCGGAAACCAGCCCCAUCGAGAUCAGGGUCAAUGUCAUGUGCAGAGAGGUAGCUUUUCAUUUUUUGAGACUACAGUGGAAGUAAAGUAAAACGAAUUCGAUCUUCUUCUUUCUCUAAUGCAAUUUGUAAGGAGAUUAAGAACUCCCCCCUACGCCGGUAGCUACGCGGGAAAUAUGUAGGCAGGUUCUUCACGAAACUCGCUCGCGAUACACUGAGGCCGGCAGAGAGAUCAGCGAUACAACAACAGAGCAGCAGAAAAAGUGAGCGAGUCAAUCAUCUCGGUUCCAACAUAAAGGAAAACGAGUUCGAUCUUCUUCUUUCUCUAAUGCAAUUUGUAUGAUCCACGUUGUUGUAGUAACGAGGACCUCUCAAUACAGGUACAGGCUGUCCACAUGGCACAUAAGUACAUUGAUUCGAAUUUGUAUCUAAAGAAGUAGCACUACACCGACUUCACUUCUCAUGAUUCACUCACUACAGCCCACAGCACGUUAGAAUUCAUUUCGUUCGUGUUGACGCCGUAACUUCUUCAAUGUCCCAAUCUACAUCACGACCCUGACGUACUAAACCUAGAAAACCUGCUGAAACAUCAGAUCCUCGGUUUCUGGAUUUCCAUAGAAGGCAACGAAUUUGACAACUGUGUGCAUAAAAAGGGUGAUUUCAACGUCGUGAAUCCCGAAAUUUGGACCGUGCUUGCGAGAAAUUGGGGAGGAUUUGAUAAGAAUCCCAGAAAUUAUGCUACACUCAUUUCUUUCUCUUUGAUGGUUGUACCAAGAAUUAUAUUACUGGAAGAAUCUGCUUCUGCACAAGUUGUGUACCAGAACGAUCUUCAACGCCGUCCAAACUACUACAAGAAGUCCAUUAUACUUUCACUUCCAGUACAAGAACUUCUUCCAUAGUACAACGAACCGUCCAAACUACUACUUUGCUCUAAUCUUCACAGUUCGAGAAGCUAUUUGAAGACGUGGCUAACCUCUACAUGGAGGUACAUCCAGUGGAACUGGGGAAUAUUCCUAUGAUGCGAUUCGAUUUCUUUGCCCAUCCACAAGACGAAAAAGGGCUGUGGCAUACGUACAAUGAUUAUGAACGGCGGAUAUUAUUUUUAGUAGAGAAGGACUGAGGUUGGAUAUAUAUUCGAAAACUCAAAAUAAGCGAGCUACUGACUGAAAUAAGAGAGUCUUGACUACGUUCCUCUUCUUUCAGUAUCUCCCUUAUUUUCAAAAAUAGUUACUCGGUUAUUUUAUUUCAGUUUUUCGAAUAUAUCAAUAUUAAUUACGAAUACGACCUAGUUAUGUACUCUCAAUAAUUUAGAUUAUGUGCAAGACUGUGACCGCCCUAAACGGCGUCGAAGCGUAUGUCUCUAAUCCCAAGGAAUCUAUGGUAUAGCUGCGCAUCUUCUUCGACCGUACGAAAGUCGGGUCCAGGCAUGGAUGGAUGAAAAGAAUGGCCACAAUCGCGGAACGUUAUUGGUAUUAAAAAGAUGACGUCUUUGUUUGGUAGUCAUAGUCUAUACUAAACCCAAGUGAAAAAGGAAAGAGAAAGUCCAUUAAGUACAACUCGUAGUCGGAGGUGAAGAUAAUGAUGGUUCUCGUCAUGAUCUUCAUUUGCUUUGGAUGUCACAACUACAUGUCAAAAUAACCUCGUUGAUUCAGGGACAGAAGCGACCGCAGGCGGAAGGGCAAAGCGCCCAAGGCAAAAAUGCGGAAGCGGUGGCUGACACCGAGCGGCUGACAUCAUUUAUGACCUCCAAGUAUGGUUUACCGAUUGAGCACGACCGCUAGUACUAUCUGUUCGCCUUAGUAAGCACUUGUGAUGCUUGGAAACUAAAACUAUCCGCAACAAGUUUAUUUUUGUUUCGUGUUAUUUUUCUCUCAAAUUUUCCGGCCUAGAGCAAGCACCUGAAGUGCCUUGCAGACCGGCCACCUAGUAUUCUCUGCUAAGUCUCAUUCGCCUUAGUAAGCACUUGAUGCUUGGAAACUAUCCGCAACAAGUUGCGUAAUCAUUUUUCCCCUAGGGGCCCCCUAGGCUGUCUUUCCUCUCUAACUCCUUUCCCCUGAAGCACUUCGGGAACAAACUGGAUGUCUCGCCUCUUGAGUGGCAACAGGCUCAGAAGGAAGCAGAGACCGCAAAAAAUCGCGAAGUGGUGCUCGAUGAGGAAGCAAGGGUGUCCUAUAUCGAUUUAUGGACAUUAUUGAUAAGGAUACAGUGAGUCACUCCUCACCAUGGGGACAGUCCUCAAGGUGGGUCAUUUUCCUCACCAGUUGUAAGAAACUACUCGACUCGCUUACCAGUUGUAAGAAACUACUCAACUCGCUUACCAAUUGUAAGAAACUACGUACUCAACUCAACAUUUGUCUCAAGAAUGCUGUGAGGCAUUGUAAUACAUACAUGAUAUUAGAUGUACUACAUCUUCAUCUAUGAUGGCAUUACUUUCUGCGAACCUCGAUUCAGAUGUACACCUUCAUCUAGUAAAUCGCAUUGCUUUCUCCCUCUCCGAACCUUAUUCUAAGUACUUCUAUUAUCUAUUUCCUUAUUCUAAGUACUUCUAUUAUCUAUUUUCUAAGAUUCGAUUUCGCUUCCGCUGAGGAGAUGGCAGCCAUGAGGGGUGUAGCGAUGCCGCAGUUGGAUCCUGGAAGGAGCGGAAAGAAAACAGGCAAAGUAGCGGAGAUCGAUUUUGACGCGCAUCCUCUUCUAAGACAGGUCGAACUACGAAAGCACGCCUUGAUAGGACUCGACAAUCAUAUGCCAGGUCCUCUAAUGCUUUCUUUCAUCUCUUUCAUCUUGUAGCUUUUUGAAGUGGAUUGAUGUAGGCCUCGACAAAAAUCAAAUAUGCCAAAUUUAGCGCUAGACUUUUGUAGCUUGAACUGGAAGUGGUAAAAAUUAAAAGUGCUGGAUUGAUGCUUUCCUGGAUGACACUCACACUCACUCCUUCAGUAGAUUGACCGUUACACCUAGUAACGGAUACACUCCUUCCAAGAAGUUGCAUGCUAAAUAGAACGUUACACCUAGUAACGGAUACACUCCUUCCAAGAAGUUGCAAAUUCAAAAUUUGAAAUAUUGUCCACCAGGCACGACUCGCGUCAGAAGAUAUGGUCCUGGCGAUGGUCAUCCUGUGCACACGGAUUGGUGGGAUAGCUUCGUAAAUCCUGCUCGACCUUCAAACCUGAUCGCAACCUUGCAUCUGUUCAUGAUUAUGAUGAGCGGUUGCUGAGCGUUGGUUCUUUGACAUCAUUUGUUGCGAAGUUCCCGAAAUUUAUUUGUGAGUUACUAGCUGUAGUUACUUUGCACGACAAAUGUGGGGCAUCUAGAAGUACAUGUUGUAAGCUAAAUCGUGUAUUUGUAGUUUAUCUGUAGUCCUCGACCGAACUACAGAUUAAGACUUCUGAUUUCUCCUCUUCUAACCUGAGCGACGUAGCGGUUGGCGGUGGAACGGACUUCCCUCAUAUCCAGUUAUGACACGUGACAACUGGUCUUGUUCUUAGACAGCGUUCUUGUGGCUGAUUUUCGUUUCCAUUUCGCAGUUGUUCGUAGGCGUUUACUUUACUGUGACCACCAUAUAAUUAUAAUUACUAAAGAACUUGGUUACCAGUAGUACCAGACUCACAUCAGAGGACUUGAAUGCUUCCAUCUCUUCUAACGGCUCGAGAGGUUUCCCCCAAAGCAGGAAGGCUCGCCAUAUGGUGGUCUUGUGACCGAGAUGGGCAGAUUCUGCAGAGGAGUGAACAUGAGGGCAAGCCAGUCGUUGAGGGCAUCAAGUGGACCUCCACCACAUUCAUCUACAACUACAUGGACCGUUGUAUUCCUUAUGAUGGAACCAUGUACUAUUCCCUAGUAUGCACAGUCACACAAUUGUUAAGUAGAACUCGUCCCUUUCACCCCUGGAAUGGGUACAUUCAUUCAUUCAUUCGUCUAAUCCGGAGAGGUCGACCAAAACGAUGCUGUUGUGGCUAUUCCGCCAAAAUCCAACGUGGGCAAGGAACUAAGAAACAAAUUGCAGAACAAAGUAGAAGGACCCAAGGCGCGCAGCGAAGAUGCCGAUGCGGUAGUUCUAAAGACUGCAGCGGACGCGAAGGCUGCUCCUGCAGCAAAUACAAAUGCCUCUGAGGAGGUAGAACAAGAGGCUGAGCAGGCUGGUCCGGGUGACGAGGCUCUGGAUGCAAGGGGUGCAGAGACUGGGAAUGAGCAGGAUGAAGAUGAACUCUAGUAGAGCACUCUAUUUGUACUUUUUUUUCUCAUCUAUCUAACUAUCAUUUUUAUCCGGUAUAGAGUAGCUGCUGUAGCAGCAGCUCCUAAAACAUCAUAAUCAUAACACUAUCUUCGCCUCUACUCGUUUUUGAUAGACACCAUCCUGAUUCUCAUCGAUAAGAAAGAAAACACUACUGAUGUAGGAGAUAGAGAUUCCUGUUGAAAGGACCCCUUCGAAGAAGUGAAUGCAAAAAGAAGAAGAAUUCUCAUCCUCCUCACUCUACCACGAAGAUAAGAAUAUGCCCAGACCAGAUUUGAAGAUUGCAACGUUUUUGAAGUACACAAAAGAAAUGGUUUUGGAAAAUAGUUUUGCACAUCAUUUUGACUAUUUAGUGAUCGUGACGACGGGGAGUUUUUAUUUCCUCGUGCGGGA